UCGAAAGUAUCCACACGGUGAGUCGCACCAGGCAUUCGCCUCGCUCACAUCGCAUCGCUGUAGCGCAGAUACGCGAGCGACGCGUCCUUAGGCAGCUGUCAACUCCCACAUCGCGGUCAACUUACUGUCGGGAAGGAAUAGAGUUUCGCUCAGCGUCAGGAGACUACCUGGUCGUCACGAAGGACAAGUGCAAUCAGCCGUAUCAUACUUUUUUGUUCCGCCGCACACUGAAACACUAUGUUGCGUGCCGAGAGCAUUCAUUUCUGAAAGGAGGCAAGGCAAGGACGAGGACGAGGACCGGGGACCUUCCAGCCGCAACUCAGCAAAGGUAAGGAGUUGGAGCUGAGGCUGGCGCUACAGUGUACUCAACAGAUCUCAUUAAGCCUGGUAUGAACAACAUCAUCUGCUACAGUCCCCAGGUAGAGUUGCAUUGUUGUCUCUGAGCGGCACCAUGUCUCGCCACGUGCAUCGGUUCGAGCGGGACUACCGCGGCGGCUGGGAACGUCGGGAGCGGCCACACCUCCACCUGCACAACGGUACCUGCAGUCCGGCCACUGUUGCCGCCGCCGCCGCCCCACCCGUCGCCAAUGGCAACAACCGCCCAGGGCUUCUUCCGCUGCCCGUCAUCCCCUCCCUGCUGCCCACGCCCGUCACCAUUGCCGUGACGACGGCCGGCGCUGACCUGACGGGAAAACGCGCCGGGCCACCCGUGUCCACCGCCCCAGCCACCAUGAAGGCAGCGGGGCUCUCUCCUGGAGACUCUCAGGCCCCAGGUCUCCUCUUGGCUCCGGGGGUGCGAUGGGGCCAGACGCCCAUCAACCAGUCCACGCCGUGGGAGACGGACGAGCCGCCAAUCAAGCAGCACAGAGAGGCCGAGCCCACGGGUCCCCCAUGGGCGCCUCCUUUGGUGGCGGUCAGUCAGUCCGGUCUACUCGCCCACUCCUACGGCCUCCCUCAGCCACCUGUCUACAGCCAGGGCGUGUCGGUCCAGUCCCCCGUCAUUGGCGUCACCCCGUCCAUCCAGACGCCCAUGCCCCCGCAUCCGCCGAUGGUCACGGCGUCCCACUUCCAGCUGCCCCCCCACUCGGCGUCCUGCCAGCACCACCCGCCACCACCCCCUCACCCACCCCCCAGGGCCAGCCUGCUCAUGAACCUGCCCAAUCCUCCCCCGCACUACGCCGGCAGCCAGCCCCCUCUGACCGCGCCGGGGCCCGCUGUCCACCCCUCGCCGCACGGCACCGCCGCCGUGGUCAUGGGCAAUGGGCACAUGACCCCGCACCCGCUCCUGCCCCUGCCCACGCUGCCCGCCGCCGCACUGCCCCUCACCAACGGGCAGCCCGCGCCCCCUCCUUCCUCGGUACCCCCCACCACCUCGGCAGCCAACGGCAACGGCCCAGCCCAGGACGCCCCCAACGGCCUGCAGAUGCUGAGGACAGUGGGCAUGGGGAAGUACGAGUUCACCGACCCCGGACACCCCAAAGAAAUGCUGAAAGAGCUGAAUGCACAGCGCCGAGCGAAAGAGUUCACAGACCUGAAAAUUAUUGUUGAAGGCAAAGAGUUUGAAGUCCACCAAAAUGUUGUAGCUUCCUGCAGCUUGUAUUUCAAGGACCUGGUCAAAAGGUCGUCAGGGGAGAUGCGGAGUGCGGAGAAGCUGGAGCUGCAUAUGAGCAGCAUCAGGGCAGAGGUGCUGGAGCUGCUGCUGGAGUUCGUGUACACGGGCUCGCUGGUCAUCGACGCCGCCAACGCCAAGACCCUGCUGGAGGCCGCCAACCGCUUCCAGUUCAACACCUUCUGCAAGGUCUGCGUCUCUUUCCUGGAGAAGCAGCUGACAGCGGGGAAUUGUCUGGGUGUGCUGGCCAUGGCAGAGGCCAUGUGCUGUACGGAGCUGCACAGCAUGGCCAAGGCCUUCGCCCUGCAGAACUUCCCCGAGGUGGCCGGCCAGGACGAGAUCCUCAGCGUGUCCCCUGACGACCUGGUCAGCUACCUGUCCAACGACAGCCUCAACACCAAGGCCGAGGAGCUCGUCUACGAGACCGUCAUCAAGUGGAUCAAAAGAGACCCUGCCACUAGGGUACAGCACAUCUCUGAGCUGCUGGCGGUGGUGCGCCUGCCCUUCAUUCACCCGUCCUACCUGCUCAACGUGGUGGACAACGAGGAGCUCAUCAAGUCCUCAGAGGCCUGCCGGGACCUGGUCAACGAGGCCAAGCGUUACCACAUGCUGCCGCACGCACGACAGGAGAUGCAGACGCCCAGGACCCGACCGAGACUGUCCGCAGGUGUGGCCGAGGUGAUCGUGUUGGUGGGGGGUCGGCAGGCCAUCGGCAUGAGCCAGCGGCCGCUGACGGCCGUCACCUGCUUCAACCCCCAGAACAGGAAGUGGUACCCACUGGCCAGCCUGCCCUUCUACGAGCGCGAGUUCUUCAGUGUCAUCUCGGCCGGGGACAACAUUUACCUGUCAGGUGGUACAGAGUCCGGUGUGAUGGUGUCAGAUGUCUGGUGCUACAUGUCUCUUUUGGACAACUGGAACCUGGUGUCGCGUAUGACAUCACCGCGCUGUCGCCAUAGCAGCCUGGUGUAUGACGGCAAACUGUACGCCAUCGGGGGACUGGGCGUGACUGGAAACCUGGAUCAUGUGGAGAGGUACGACACCAUCACUAACCAGUGGGAGACGGUGUGUCCUCUGCCCAAGCCGGUACACUCAGCGGCCGCCACGGUGUGUGGAGGAAAGGUGUAUGUCUUUGGGGGGGUCAACGAGGCCGGCCGCUCGGCUGGAGUCCUGCAGUCCUACGUGCCUCAGACCAACACCUGGAGUUUCAUCGAGUCGCCCAUGAUCGAUAAUAAAUAUGCCCCAGCAGUGAGUCUGAAUGGACUGGUCUUCAUCCUGGGCGGAGCCUAUGCCAGAGCCACCACCAUCUAUGACCCUGACAAGGGCAACAUCAAGGCAGGACCCAACAUGAACCACUCCAGACAGUUCUGCAGUGCGGUGAUCCUGGAUGGGAAGAUCUACUCCACAGGGGGCAUCGUGAGCAGCGAGGGGCCGGUGCUGGGCAGCAUGGAGGUGUUCGACCCGAGCGCCAACGCCUGGACGCUGCUGCAGAACCUCCCCUGCCCCCUCUUCAGACACGGCUGUGUGGUCAUCAAGAAGUACAUUCAGAGCGGCUGACCCCCAAACACACACACACACACACAAACUCACAUACACACACACCCAUACAUAUACACCAGUUGGCAGCAGACUGUGGUGGGUUCAGUCCAGAGUUUGGGUCAGAUCUGUGUCCGAGCUGCUCUGAGACCGAAUAUCCCCAAGACACACCACAAUUGAGUGCCAAACCACUGCUCAGCUUGGCAGGAAGUGACAUCAGAGACCUACCAUAGUCUUCUUUUUUGCUCUCCUGUUGUAUGUGUGUGACAGGAAGUGACAUCAUAGGCCUGGUCAGGUCUCCAAACCCUAGCUACUGCAGUUACCAGGAAGUGGUCUCAGAACCUCCCCACCAUCACCAUCACCGCCACACAGGAAUCGACACCAGCCAGCCCCGGUGUUACCUGAAACCUUUUCCGUCUGGGAGGGACCUUCAUCCUGAGGCAACACGAUACUGCAUCUCUUCUCUGUUCCUUCCUCAACUCUGCUGGAUGUAGCAGGCCACAGGAGUCCUUUCCACAGUGUGUGUGUGUGUGUGUGUGUGCGCAGAGGUCAACUGCAGAGGCAGUGUCAUUCAAGAAUUGGACUUCACACGCAUCAAAGGACUCCUCGAGAAUGAAGUGGCGGUGAUCACUGUACCUGAUAGGCCACAAAUGUGUGUGUGUGUGUGUGUGUGUGUGAGUGGCAAGGGGAUGUUAGCCUGGGGAACACAGGGUUGAGACAUUUCUUUCAAACAUAUCAGGAACUGAACUCUGAACUUUCUUUACUGUGACCUUUUCUAAAACGUACUCCUGAAUCUGAAGCACAAGUGACCAGUGUCUGGAGGAAGAGGAGGAGAUUCUUCACUCCAGGGCUUUGUCUAACUGUCUGCCCUCUUUCACAUAAGGAUGCCCAUCUGUCUGUCCCACUGACCCGUUCUAAUCUACAUUUCUGCAGGAUCGGUCUCUCUGACAGCGCUGUGACCAAUUCCAGCUUUCUGCUUGUCUGAUACAUAUUUGCCUCAGUCAGAUAGACAUCUUUCUGUUUGCCUGCAUUCCUCUCCAACCAAUUUGUCCGUCUGUUUAAUCAAUUUAGUCGUUUUUGAUCUGCCUUACUCUUUGAUACGUUUCUUUUUCUAAUGUCUUUCUGUUUAAAUGUUUCCUAAAAUGCCCUCCCGCUUCUGUCAGAUUUGCCAUUUCUUUACCUCUCUCUGUUCCAUCUUUACAACAAGGGGGCGGGGCCUAUGGAGCGCAAGAGUCCAAUCACAGCAAACUCCAGAACAGGUCCGGCCCAGAUGUGGCUCUGAUUUGGCCCAAAUGUGUUCCACUGACGGCUGCCUGGGCGAGCCAUACCAUGUAUAUUUUGUGAAGGAAAUAAUCUGUAUAUUUUAAAAGCCAGAGGGUUAUUCUGUAUAAACGUUUUUAGACAUUGAAUAGGGAUGAUGGACUUCAAAAAAAAUGUCUGUAAAUCUGUAUCCAAAAAUUUACAUAAAUUGUUAAGGCCUAAACAGUAAUA